CUCCGGGCAACCGGCGAGGCCUGCUGCGGCCAUGGCGUCCAGCGCUUCGCGGUUCAUCAAGUGCGUCACGGUCGGCGACGGCGCCGUCGGCAAGACCUGCAUGCUCAUCUGCUACACCAGCAACAAGUUCCCCACCGACUACAUACCUACGGUGUUCGACAAUUUCAGCGCAAACGUAGUUGUGGACGGCACCACGGUGAAUUUGGGCCUUUGGGACACUGCAGGGCAGGAGGAUUACAACCGGCUGAGGCCUCUAAGCUACCGUGGAGCUGAUGUUUUCGUGCUUGCUUUCUCGCUUGUGAGCCGAGCUAGCUAUGAGAAUAUUAUGAAGAAGUGGAUACCGGAGCUUCAGCAUUACGCGCCUGGCGUGCCAGUUGUGUUGGUAGGCACAAAACUAGAUCUUCGUGAAGACAAGCACUACUUGAUGGACCAUCCUGGCAUGAUACCCGUUACCACAGCACAGGGAGAGGAGCUUCGGAAACAAGUUGGUGCAUUAUAUUACGUAGAGUGCAGCUCAAAGACACAGCAGAAUGUCAAAGCUGUCUUUGAUGCUGCUAUCAAGGUGGUAAUCCAGCCCCCAAGUAAGCAAAGAGAAAAGAAGAAAAAGAAACAACGACGGGGAUGUUCUAUGAUGUAAGAAAAUAUGACACUUAAGGUUUUUUUUCCUUGCAAUUUUUAUUUUUCAUAUACUCUCCUCUAGUGUGGUAUAGUUGUCGUUAUGCACAUUGUCACGGUCUUCAAAAUGCAAAUAUGUUUAUAACCCAGUUAAGUUAUAUCUCAUAAAAGUACUUAUCAAGAUAAAUUUAUGUACAUAAUUUUCAAGUAUUGUAUCCAAA